AUGCCUCUGGCAAGAUGGAAACAUGACGGUGACACUGGACACAACCGAUAUGAGAACCGGCGACCUCAGGGGUCCAACCGUGCCCACGCAACCGAUCAGUCAAACAAUGGCAUAUUUGGAUUCUUCAUAAACAAGGCUGAGGACAAGGCUGAUGAGGGAAGGAAAAGAAUCGAAGAGGAAAGGAAGAAAAUCGAAGAAGAGGAAAGGAAGAAAAUCGAAGAGGAGAGAGAACGAACCCGGAAAGAAGACCUGAAGAACCAGGAACAAGAUGCUCUGAGAAAUGGCAGAAAACAGACAUCGCCCACAGCAAACAAAAAGCGGUCUUCCACAGCCCUGGCAGCUACAAAUACGCCAACGGCUGUGUUAUCGAAGCUACCUCAGGAAGCCAACACUAGGUCAGCUAUAAAACAAAUACCAACUACGACAUCCCAAGCCCAAGAAAACCCAAAUACUCAGAUUGUGGUAGAUGGUUUUGAAACAGGCACCAACGGCGUCCCUUCUUCCAGCAUCAUCACCUCUUACACAACUCAAGGGACAAAUGCACCUGAACCCCCCGUCACGCCUGACCUCACAACCCCGACGGCUGCACCGACACACACCCUCAACGCUGGCCAGAUAGCUGCAAUUGUCAUUAGCUCGGUUGGCCUUGCCAUCAUCCUCCUCAGUGCUGUUUUUCUCUUCCUUCGCUUCCGCCGCCAUCAACAGCACCCCGGGGCCUCAGCCCACUCUCUUUCCAAUCCAGACCUUCCCCCACAGAACCACCACCACCAUCCUUACAGCCAACUACUCUCUGCUCCUCUCCCACCUGAGACCACCAACGCCCUCCCCGAGUUAUCCAAACCGCGCCCCACAAUCUCCCGCUGGCUGUCCCAAGUCCGGGCUGAAUCACACCCUCACCUCCCUAAUCACCCUCCUUCCAUCAGCCUCCCCUCCUUCUCUUCCCACUCAGGCAGCCAGGCAAGAGCGCGCGGACAACCAGACAUGGUCUCGGAUAUAUCCUCUCAAAUAUCGGGCUUUACACACCCAACAGUUACUGUGAGCAGUGGAGGGAGAAGUUUCCGACCGCCUACGCAGCUGAGACCACCGACGGGGUCGUCAAUGGGAAGCUCAGGAAGGGAUGUGAAGGGGAUGAAGCCUGUGCAUCCCAGUAUAUAUAUUUCUCCUGCUACAGCGUCCAAUAGUACGGGGAGCGUCAAUAGUCAGGGGUUGUUGGGGGGGUUUCCGCUGCCGCCGGGACGGUUGAUGGAGGAGAUUCAAGUUGGUGGGGAGGAGGUGGUUUCGCCUGUGAGUCUGGGUUUUGGUACGGGUCUGGGGACGGGGGUGGAAAACGGGGCGAGGUUGUCGGGGUUGGGGGUGGGAAGGGGUUAUGAGGAGGCAGAUGAGUAUAGUGAGGAUCGGAGGGGGAGUUGGGAGGUGGAUGAGAGGUUGGGGGUGUUGGAGGGGAAUAAGGGGUCUGCUUAA